CCCCCAUUAUUCACAACUGCAUGGCAGAAAGCAUAAAACGCCUCAUGCUUCUUCUCUCUUCGACCUUCCGGUGAACCAAGAGUGGAUAGACGGACAAACGGGCAUAACCAUUAAUGUCAAAUCUGGAGUGUGGGCUCUGGAAGGCCUGCAUGCAUACAAAACACCACGUGGAACAGAGAGAGACCGGAAAAUAGAGACAAAAGUGGGAAGACGAGUGGGAAGAAACAAAGUAAUAAUUACAAGGAGAUUUGAAAAGUGAAAACCUAAAAUACAACAACCUGGACUGUGGACAUAGACUGCAAUGAUGAUGGUGAUGAUUCUGAUCCUGCUAAUGAUUGUGAUGAUAAAGACGGGAGUGGCAUCGGCGCCUGGCCCUGAGAUGGAUAUUAAACCUGGAGUUGAGACUGGCGUGGCCAAACGAACCGUGCACUUCUGCCACCAGCUGGGCUUCAGGGUCACCGAGAUUCCCUCCAACAUCUCCAGUAACACCCAAUGCCUGGAAGUUAAGCAGACACAGAUCAGAGUGAUUCCCCAGGGCGCCCUCAACAGCCUGCAGCAUCUCAGUAAACUCACCAUAUUGGAGAACGAUAUGCUGAAGACCAUCAGUGCAUUUGCCUUCGCCAGCCUCCCUCAGCUCAUUGCAAUCUCCAUUGAUGGGAAUGUUGCGUUGGAGAGUAUAGGAGCUUUUGCUUUCUCUGAUCUCCCUGAACUCCGUGAGAUAACCAUAAGAAGGUCAAAACACCUGAGACACAUCCAUCCAGAUGCUUUCAAGAACAUUGUGAAACUACAGUAUCUGCUCAUCUCCUACUCCGGACUAAGAACGUUUCCAAACUUCACCAAGAUCCACUCCAAGGCGCGCGGCUUUAUAGUUGACCUGCAAGAUAACAAACACAUAGAGAGAGUCCCCGCCAAUGCCUUCAGAGGCCUCUGCACUCAAACUAUCAUCAUACGGCUCAACAGAAAUGGCAUCAAGGAGGUGGCAAGUGACGCCUUCAAUGGCACAAAGAUGCACAGAUUGUAUCUGAAAGGAAACACACAGCUUACUCACAUCAAUCCCAACGCCUUUGUGGGUUCCAGUGAGUUGGUGGUACUGGACAUUUCUCACACAGCCCUCAGCUCCCUGCCAGACUACAUCCUCGGUGGACUCCAGGAGCUGAUCGCAGAGGCCGCCCACAAUCUGAAAAAACUUCCUCCUCUAGAGCUUUUCACCAAACUCCGCCAGGCCAACCUGACGUAUCCGUCACACUGCUGCCUCCUGCAAAACAUAAGCAGGAACAGAUCGAGUUGGCACACCCUGUGCUCUCACCCCGAGGCUCAGAAUAACCGUCAAUUCCAUAGAGACUACUGCUCCAACUCCACCUCCAUCACCUGCAGCCCAGCCCAAGAUGCCUUUAACCCCUGUGAGGACAUCAUGCCCUCCGUCCCACUACGGGUCCUCAUCUGGAUCAUCUCUAUCCUCGCGCUGCUGGGGAACACAGCGGUACUUCUUGUCUUGUUAGGCAGCCGCUGCAAACUUACUGUUCCUCGCUUCCUGAUGUGCCACUUGGCCUUUUCUGACCUCUGCAUGGGCAUCUACCUGUUAAUCAUAGCAUCUGUGGACAUGCUCACUCGUAGCCAGUACUGCAGCUACGCCAUAUACUGGCAGACGGGCCUGGGCUGCAGUGCUGCAGGCUUCUUCACGGUGUUUGCCAGUGAGCUGUCAGUGUUCACAUUAACAGCGAUCACACUGGAGCGCUGGCACACAAUCACAAAUGCCCUGCGGCUCGAUCGUAAACUUCGCCUGAGACAUGCAUGUAUUGUCAUGACAGCAGGCUGGAUUUUCUCCUCUCUUGCCGCUUUGCUGCCCACAGUCGGGAUCAGCAGCUAUGAAAAGGUGAGUAUCUGCCUCCCUAUGGACGUGGAUCAUCUGGUGUCUCAGGUCUAUGUGGUGUCUCUCCUCCUUCUCAACAUCCUGGCCUUUUUCUGUGUGUGCGGCUGUUACCUCAGCAUCUACCUGACCGUCCGCAACCCCUCAUCAGCACCGGCACACGCCGAAACCUGCGUCGCCCAACGCAUGGCCAUCCUCAUCUUCACUGACUUUGUCUGCUUGGCUCCCAUCUCCUUCUUUGCUGUGUCAGCCGCCCUCAAGCUCCCUCUCAUCACCGUCUCAGACGCUAAAAUACUGCUGGUCCUCUUUUACCCGAUCAACUCCUGCUCCAACCCCUUCCUGUACGCCUUCUUCACCCGCACUUUCAGGCGGGAUUUCUUUCUCUUCACAGCUCGCUUUGGCCUGUUUAAAACCCGGGCGCAGAUUUACCGGACAGAGAGUUCCUGGACCUCUCCAAAGACCAGCCAUGUGACGCUGUACUCCUUGGCCAAUACAUUAAGUCUAGAUGGGAAACAAGAGUGCUGACUGUCAUUCAAAAAUCCACAGAUACAGACUUUUUGCUGGAUGUUAAUAUAUUUCUCUCCCCACAGACGUCCUUUUUCUCUUAGGCAAAUAAAUAAAAUUCCUCUUAGGUCUAAUGGAGAUAUUGACAGAAUAAAAUGCACCCUUAAAGUUACAAGAAAUUCAACUUUGCUGAAGAGGUGCCCUUGUUGUGGAAACACCGAACAGACUGCUAAAUCCUCAAUAUGAUGCCCUAACUCAUUAUUCUUAUUCUUUGGACUUUGGAUAUGAUCAAAUUUUGUUGGUUUUCAUGUACCUCCAAUAUGUCCAGUAUCUUUGGCUAACCCAUGGGUAAACACUACUGUAUGUACAGUGCAUACAGAAUUCCAAGUAAAGAUAUCUACAGAAUAACUGCAGAUGCUUUGACCAAAUCUAGGUUAAAAAGCUGUCCUAGUUAAGUCCUUGCGUUUUGUUUUAACUUGAUUGGAACGCCAGAUGGGUGGAGUUUACUGCAUCAUAGCAGUUGAGAUUACAAGUAAAAGUGGAAAGAGUAGAGGAAGGUGAGUAAACUGAUUUUACUUUCAUGCAUUGUCUUGUGUAACAAAUGCCAUCCAUCUGGUGUCUCGGGAUAAUUAAAUAAACUGAAGUACUUUGAAACAGUUUAACAAAGGUUUGACAGUCAGGAUGUUGGCAUAUAAUAUGCACAUCAAGAAAUUAACAUUCAUUUAGCAUUCAAUGUUAUGAUUGAAUGAUAUUCAUUAAGAAGCACACCGCAGGGACCUACUGAUUAAUAAUCUCCACAUACACUCUGUCUGCUGUUGCUCACCAUGCCUCCACAUCCCUCCUACCCUUCAGUUCAUCCUAAAAUGAAGGACGUGUAAUUAUCUUUGUAAUGUAAUGACAUUUAUCGUUUGUAAAUGGAAGUAUUAAGUGCCACUUUUUUUUAAGUCUGUUUUCUACAAAAUAUAUCUUUUGGAUGUUU